GGAAAACGUGUGAUCAUGCCUUGUGGUGUCAGUAACAGGCAGCGCUCAGACAGCCGCUCUGGAAGGACAGCGUUGUCCCAGUUGCGUUGCCUCCAACAGCCUCUGGUUUAAAGGAAGAAGAGAGCUUCUUAAAGAGGGGUGCAGGACUGCUUUAAUGAGCAUAUUGUUGGGAUGUUUUCCGGGAAUUAAACGUGGAUAUUUGUUGAUGGGGCCACAGUUGUCACAUCCAGUCUUUGUUAAACCUCACAUGGAAUAAUAAUUUUUUUAUUUACUCAAGGGAUAAUCCACAGGCUCAAUAUUUCGCUCUCCAUGGUGCUUGAAGGUAGAGAGAUGGACCGGAUCGGGACCACCAUGCAGAAGAAGGCAGCAGAACUGGAACGCCUAGCGGAGGUGCUUGUCACUGGAGAACAGCUGAGGCUGCGGCUCCAUGAGGGGAAGGUGAUCAAAGAUCGGAGGCACCACCUUCGAACAUACCCAAACUGCUUUGUUGCCAAGGAGCUCAUCGAUUGGCUAAUCGAACAUAAGGAAGCCUCAGACCGGGACACAGCCAUUAAGAUCAUGCAGAAACUUUUGGACCAGAGCAUCAUUCACCACGUGUGUGAUGAGCACCGGGAGUUCAAAGACAUGAAGCUCUUGUACCGCUUCAGAAAGGACGAUGGCACAUUCCCAUUGGAUAGUGAAGCCAAGGUCUUCAUGAGGGGACAGAGGAUAUAUGAAAAGCUGAUGAACACAGAUAACAACCUGAUACAGACCAGAGAAGAGACGGGGGUGGCAUUUGAGCGGGCCCUGGUCGCUUCCGAGUUCAUGGACUGGCUUCUGCAGGAGGGGGAGGUGCCCACCAGGGAGGAGGCCGAGCAGCUGGGACGGAGGCUGCUCGAACAUGGCAUCAUUCAGCAUGUCACCAACAAGCAUCACUUUGUCGACGGGCCUCUCCUCUACCAGUUCCGGAUGAACUUCCGGCGACGGCGACGGUUGAUCGAGCUCCUCCACGAACGCAGCCGUGGGAUCCCUGAGAGCCACGACAGCCCCUUCUGUCUCCGCAAGCAGCAGUCAGACGGAGGCAACACUAGCUUCCUCUCAGUGAGUCCCACUAAAGAGAUUAAGGUGGCUGUUGGAGUUCGUCGAAGCAGCAUGAGCAGCAGCUGUGGCAGCAGCGGUUAUUACAGUAGCAGUCCAACGCUCAGCAGCAGCCCACCUGUUCUCUGCAACCCCAAAUCUGUGAUGAAAAGGCAAGUGACUCCAGAGGAGCUGCUGACACCAGGAGGGCCUUUUAUAAAGAAGACAUUCACUAUUGUGGGUGAUGCUGUGGGCUGGGGCUUUGUGGUGCGAGGAAGCAAACCCUGUCACGUCCAGGCGGUGGAUCCUGGUGGACCCGCUGCUGCAGUUGGCAUGAAGGUGUGUCAGUUUGUUGUGUCUGUGAACGGCCUGAACGUCCUCUGCCACGACUACCGGACCGUCAGCAACCUGAUCCUGACCGGCCCCAGGACGAUCGUCAUGGAGGUGAUGGAGGAGGGCUACCAGAAACAAAACUGUAACAUGUCGAACUGAAGUGGGGAAUAAGACAAAGACUUCAAACUUCUUUAAGUGACAGAUGUGGAUGUCUUGUUAGAUUGAGAUGUCUGAUUUUGGUAAAUAGCUCAACCUGCAGGCAGCUCCCCUUUUGUUGAUUUUGUCUUCAGAAGGGAAAGUGUAAAAACUCAAUUAACCACAAUUAGAGGAUCGCUCCAGAUAUAAACUGUGGAGAAAAAGAGAAAAUAGCAAACUAUAUUCCUGAUUUGUGGACAAACUGAAUCUGUUUGCUGAUUAUGAAAGAGUUUGAAAUGUUACAGGACUUGACCCAAAGUCCCUCAUCAGAAUGUGGAGAUGAACAAUCAUAAGGGAAACAGGGUAGAAGUCUACAUCAGGUUGUAGAUUUCAAGAAUAUAUUCCAUGACCUUUGCCCCUGUAAGACUUUAGCUGAAGACGUCUCCUCCUGGUUAACACUGCCCUCUACUGAAAAUAACAGAAACAUGCACAUUUACAUGCCAUCAACACUGUUUUAUUUUAAAGAAACUUAAAUUUAAAAGAUACAGUUGUUUUAUGUGUGGUGUUGCUGAGUGAAAACAUAGAAUAGAGACUAAAAUUAUUCAAAGGGUGACUUAUGUUUAGUGGGGUUUGUUUAAGAAACAUCAGCAACCCGUCUUCACAAGGAUGGAGUUUGUUCAGGAAACAGACUGCAUUGUGUUGCAGUUUAAUGGAAUGGUGCAAUGAUUCUAUCGCUACACACUGAGUUAAUAACCUGAAUCCGAUUGACAACAUUUAUUUGAUUUAAAUAACACCGCUUCAGCACCGAGUCAUCUUAAAACAUUAUUUCAGAAAUGAAUGACCCCUGAUAUUAUGUCUGUUUAUUUAUGAUUUAAUGUAUGUAAAGUUGAUCAAUUUAAAUUUGAAUAAUUUGUGAGAACCUAUUUGAGAACAAUAUUAAACUGCUGCUUGCAUUACAAAAAGAAACAAAUAAUAUACAGUUCCUUGUAAAAGUAUUCCUACCCCUUGACCUCUCAUGCUGUCAACACAGCAUGAUGUGUUUUAUUUGAUUUGAUAUUAUGUGGUAGGCCAACACAGGAAUGCACAGUUAUGGAAAGAAAAGCAUGUGUUGUUUAAUUUUGUUUUUAUCAUCAAAACUUUACAGUAACAAAAUUGUAGGACCUUUGCUGCAGUUACAGCUGCAAGGCUUCUAGUUUAUGUUUCUACCAGCUUUACACAUCUGGAGAUAGAUUUUUUGCCCAUUCUUCUUUUCUAAAUAGUUGAAGCUCAAUCACAUUGGAUGAAGAGCAUCUGUGAAGAGCACUUUUCAGGUUUUGCAGCAGAUCCGGAUUAGAAUCUGGACUGUGAGUCAUUCUAACCCAUAAAUAUCCCUUAAUCUAGACCUGGGUGUUUAGGGUCGCCCUGCUGGAAGGUCUUUUACUGCCUCUAACAGGCUUUCUUCCUGGAUUACUCUGUUUUUAGUUACAUCCACCUACACAUCAACUCUUUCAAGCUUUCCCAUACCAGUUGAAGAAUAGCAUCCCCACAGUAUGAUGCUACCAUCAUCUUGUGUCCUUGUACAGAUAGUGUGGUAACUUUUCCCUACAUAUGGUCUUUAGCAUUUAGGCGAAACAGUUGGAUUUUGGUGUCAUCUGAUCAGAGCACUUUGUUCAGUGUGUUUGCUGUGUUCCCUACAUGGCUUGUGGCAAACGUUAAUGGGACUUGUUAUUGUUGUCUUCUAGCCAUUCUUGCAUACUGGCCAGAUUUGUGGGUUCACAACUAACACUUGUCCUGUCAACAGGUUCCCUCACCGGAGCUGUGGAUCUCUGCAGCUCCUCCAGAGUUACCAUGAACCUGUUGGCUCUCUCUCUGAUUUAUUGGAGUCUGAAUACAAAUCCCUGCUGCACUUUUAAGAUUUUUUUGUGCUGGUCUAUCGCAUAAAAUCCCAAUAAAACACAAAGAGGUUUCAAAUGUAAUGUGGCAAGCUGUGAAUAAGUUCAUUGUUGCAAGGUACUCUAAACUGUGUAUUGUCAAGUGUUAAAUAAAUGACCUCACUGAAUGUUUUACUACGCACAACCACAAAGUGGAAUGUCAUUUUGGAAUGCAUCAGAACUAACGAGACCUUAUCUUUUCUAUAUAGUUCGUGUUCCACCUUAACACAGUUUUUCUCUAUGUUGUACAAACCACCAUCAGAUUUUCUUAGUUCUUUUUUGAUUUACUUGAAAGGACCUUAAUAGUGAAGCCCUUGUGUGCUGCAGUGGCAUCAGUUCAGCCCCCACAGCAUCAACUUUUUACUAGAUGAUUUUAGACCGUGCCAAAAUAUGUUUAGAUAUGCUUAUGGUUACAUAAUAUCUGAAGUAUACUCUUGAGUUAAAAGAAAAGUGUAGCUAAGUGUUUCACAUUGCUCAUGCAGUAUGGCUGUAAUCUUUAGUAAAACUUUUUUACAUGCUUGUUUUAGCUAAAACCACACUGCCUGUGUUGAUAGAUACUUGGUUUAGACUUUGAAGACCAAUAUUACUAAAUAUUUCUGAAUUUUUAGACUUCUAAUAUCUCUAAGCUGUGCAAUUAUUGUGUGAACUGUGUUCAGAAGUGUUUGUUUGGUUGUUGCUCUUUAGGUGUUUUUACAGGAAGGUCUGGAUGCUAUAAAUAUGUUUAUAUAUAGCUUUAUCGUUUAAUCCAAAACUCUUCUUUAGUCUGAAAGGCCUAAUUGAUCAGACAAAUCAGAACUCAUUGUUUCAAUGUUUGAUGUUCUUGAACUCGUAAAUUUUUUAUUGAAUGUUUGUGACCCGGUCUUUGCACACAGUUAAUGAAACAUCUCUACAGAACAGUGAGGAAAACUGAGCAACAUCAUGUCUUUCUCUUAAACCAGAGAGGAAAUUCUCAUUGGUCUGUUGUAGAAAUAACAUAAUCUGUGUUGUUUAACAUCUUCACUCAGCAAGGGUUUGACUUAAAUGUCUUUAUUUCUUUGCAGUAUUAACCUAAAGCAAUCUUGCAGAAGGCUCUUGAAAAUAAGGUAGAUGUUGGACCAGGUUUGUCUGUUUGCAAAGGGGGCAAAAGGUGAUGCCAGUUAUUGCUGGGUUGUCAGGAAAUAGAAAUAUGCAGAGCUUUCACUUGUAAUAAUAGUUUUAGGAGGGAUUUUGGUCCUGGGUUGACUUAAGCAGAUUCUAAUUGUUUUAUCUUGAAGUGUUUGCCUUAAGACCUCAUUUAGCUGCUAAUUAUGGUUGGUUGUCACCUGAUUUCUCAACUUACUGCAUUAAAACUUUCACUGACAAUCAGUGGCUUCUUUCACACAGCGAUUACGCAGUAUGGAACCAAAAAAUUCAUUUAUUUAUGUUAGGAUGCCACUGUGCCGGUUUCACAUUUUGUCAAAUUGAAACAACAAGCUUCAAUGUAUUUUGGGAAUUUUAUGAGAGCAUAAAAUUCACACAGCAUCAUGCAUCAUUGUGAAGUUAAGGAAAAUGAUACGUCUUUUUUUAACAAAUAAAAAUCUAAAACAUU